AUGCAAGGUACAAGCAGUUCCCCGUCGAGUUUCUCCCCUUCGAGCUUCUCGCCGUCGUCGACUGCCAUGUUCCAAGAGGCCACCUACGGCCAAACGUCCAGGUUCACGCCGUCGCCGCCCGAGCUCGCCGUCGGCCACCUGAAUGAGAACCAGCACGAGGGCAUCUCGCCGGCCCUGCGACGAGGGCCACUCCCGUUCGGUGCGAUGCCGGCGCCGAACGACGAGGUGAUCCAGGAGAUGAGCAACACGGACCUGAUGGACGAGGAGACGAGCAUUUGGUACGAGGGCCAUCGCAACGACAUCCUCCGACCCACUCCGGCCAGUUCUUCUUCGUCUCCGGCUCCUACCUCGUCUUCCUCACCGUCUACGGCGUCGACUGCCGCCGCUUCGACAUUUACUGCCGCCGCUGCGACGUCGGCCGCCGCUUCGACCACGGCGUGUGAGGAAACUGGGCCGUCGGACACCGCCGUGCCAGGCGGGACUGCCGACGCCCCUGUUUCAGUGUAA